UUCAGUUGUUUACUUUGCGCAGCGGAAAACCGGGCCGAAUUCACCCGCUCGAAUUUUUUUAUAUUUUUUUUUACCGCACCCCCCCGCCGGCAACACGUAGUGUAAACGAAAUUUUUGCCGCAAAUUGGUGUAAAUCAAAAAGGCGAUCGCGCGGCUUUUUUUCGGUGUGUGAAAAUGUAUCGAAGAUGAAAGAGGCGAAGAAGGCGCAAAGAGAGCGAAAGAAGUGCGUGCCGAAUAACACGAGCGGCGAGAAGUGCCAAAAAUAAGGUAAAAGCAACAAGAAACAGGCUGUGGAGAAAGGCAAAAGGAGAACGUGAAGCGAAGAAGGAAGAACGAAGAAAGCGGCGCAGAGAGAGUGCGAAAGCAGCGGCAACAAGUGGGCGAAAAAGAAGAUGUGCAAAUGACAAAUUGGUCACAACUCCUGUUUCCCUGCGCUCUCUCUCACUCUCUUUCUCACAUUCUCUAUCUCCCUCGCACCCGGGCACGCACAUCCUCAUCCUACACCUUUGCCAUCUCACUCACGCGCGCGAAGUGGGAAUAGUCGGUCAAGUUCAGGUGGGAACGGAAGCGGCAAAGGAAGCGGAAACAUGCGGAGAUCCGUUACGAAUUUAAAUCGAAACCACUACUUCGUCAUCGGCUUGGUUCUGGGCCUCCUGCUUAGCUGCUACAUUCCGCAGGACAUCUGGGAGCUGGUGCAGCAGGAAGAGUGUCCACAGGAGGCCGCCGAGAAUCUGCUCAUCGAGCGCUUCGGCCAGGAGUUUGAGCCGCAUCUAAACCUCAUCAACAAGCCGCUGGCGGCCAAAAAGCCGAUGCACAAAUUUAUCCUACAUCCUGCUUCACAUUCGGUAAAAAAUGUGAUUCGACCGCGGUACUACUCCUCGGAGCUGGGGAUCCGCGAGAAGCUCUUCAUCGGGGUGAUGACCUCGCAGGAGCACAUAAACACCUUCGCGACGGCCUUCAACCGCACCACCGCCCACCUGGUGAACAAGAUCAAGUUCUUCAUCUACGCGGACAGCGUGAAGACCAACUAUAAACUGAAGAACAUCGUCGGGUUCACGGACACCCGCGAGAGUCGCCGUCCCUUCCACGUGGUCAAGUACAUAGCGGACAACUACCUGGAUGAGUACGACUACUUCCUGCUCGUCCCGGACACCGUUUACGUGGAUGCCCGCAAGCUGGUGAAGCUGCUCUACCACAUGAGCAUCACCUUCGAUCUCUACAUGGGCGGUGCUCGCAUCGGGUUGGAUCCUCCGGGCGGCAGUGCCUCCGUGGAUGAUCCGCCACACCAGGAGGAGGACUCGCCGGGGGCCAGUGAUCGCAACUACUGCUCCCUGGAGGCGGGCAUCCUGCUCAGCAGCAGCGUCAUCCGCAAGAUGCGGAACAACCUGGACCGCUGUGUCAGGAUUGGAAGCACCAACGACCACAGCGUGAACAUCGGGAGGUGCGUCAAGUAUGCCAGUCGGGUCUCCGGAUGCCAGGAGAGCUUCCAGGGCAUGCGGCAGUAUAGCUACGCCUUGGACGCCCCGAAUCGCCGGCACCGCGACUUCAGCGAGCUGGCCAAGGAGGAGGCCUUCCGCAACGCCAGCACCGUCUUUCCCGUCCAGUCGCCGGAGGACUUCUACCGCCUGCACGCCUACUACUCAAAGCACCAUCUGGAGAAGGUGCAGGAGCGUGGCUACGCGCUGGAGCAGAAGUCGUACCGCAUCGCCAACGGGAGCAUCUCGAACAAGAUCCUGGAGAUCCGCUGGCCACUGGGCGUGCCACCGCCCAGUGCGCCGGAGACGCGCCACGACAUCCUCACGUGGCAGCUGCUGAACGGAACGCACAGCUUCCUGCCGCACGGCAAUGCGGAGCACGCGGUGGCGCCGCUCUCGCGGAUCGAGGCCAUGGACUUCGCCCGGGUGCUGGAGAUAGCGCUCCAGUAUGCGGCACUGAAGCACCCGCGACUGAGUUACCACAGCCUGCACAGUGCCUACCGGAAGUUCGAUGCCACGCGUGGCAUGGACUACCAGCUGCACCUCAGCCUGCAGGAGGGAUCGGGACGCAGUCGCCGGCUGCUGGUCAAGAGCUUCGAGGUGGUGAAGCCUUUGGGCAGAGUUGAGGUCGUUCCAUCGCCGUACGUCACCGAGAGCACCAGGAUCGCCAUGUUGGUGCCUGCCUUCGAGCACCAAGUGCCGGAUGCGCUGCAGUUCGUGGAGCAGUACGAGAAGAUCUGCAUGGAGAACCAGGACAACACCUUCCUGCUGCUGAUCUUCAUGUAUCGACUGGACUCGCCCAGUAAAGGCGACGAAGAUCCGUUCAAGGGCUUGAAGACGCUGGCGCUGGACCUCUCCUCCAAGUACAAGACGGAUGGGUCGCGGAUCGCGUGGGUUUCCAUCCGCCUGCCGGAGCAGCUGAGCUACCCGGUGGAUCCGCAGGACUGGCUGCUCCACGCCUCCAUGUACGGACCGCGCCAGCUGCUCAGCCUGGUGGUGGCCGAUCUGGCACUGCCCAAGCUGGGCCUGGAGUCCCUGGUGCUCCUGGCCACCCCGGGGAUGUCCUUCAAGGCGGACUUCCUCAACCGCGUGCGGAUGAACACGAUCCAGGGAUUCCAGGUGUACGCGCCCAUUGGCUUCCAAAUGUAUCCCUGCCGCUGGGCGCACUUCUGCCGGGAGUGCGACACCUGCGAUGUGAGCCAGAGCAGCGGCUACUUCGACCGCCACAACCACGACGUGAUCGCCUUCUAUAGCCGCGAUUAUGUUCAGGCUCGGAAGCUGCUGCAUCCGCAGGGAUUGCCGAUCAUCCGCAGCGACCUGGACAUCGACCAGCUGCUGCUGCAGCCCGGCGAGGAGACGCGGCCGCCGGGCGUGGAGAGCAUCCUGGACAUGUUCGUGGCGGCGCAGCACUCGGUGCACAUCCUGCGCGGCGUGGAGCCGAAUCUGCGCUUCGGCCAGGCGGUGCGGAAUCACCUGGCACGCGGCGGAUCGCUGCCGGAUAGCCUGCCAGAGCGGUGUGGCCGGGAGCAGUGCAUCCACUUGGCGUCACGCAAGCAGAUCGGCGACGCCAUCAUCCGGUACGAGGACAAAAGUAUUCUGCACAAAUAGCACGGAUCCGACGGCUCCUUUCGCCAGCUAAAAGCUCCUGCUCCUGCCUGUAAUAUCAUCAGUUCCUUGUCAACAUACGAAACGUACUGCAUUAGAUUUCCAUGUGUAAAUAAGAGAUCGCGUGAUUGAAGUGAGUGUCGUCGGUGUGUGCACGGCGUGCACGUCGAAUAGAUCCUGUCCAAGGAUUUGUGCCAACUCCUAUACUCGCACCCAAGGCCUAAGUUCCACAUUCGAUGGUGAAAUAUAAUGGUGAAUUAUAAAUCCCGUAGGCGGACCUAUCUCAAUCCCCACACACUUAGUUAUUUAGGCCUAGGCAAUUUCCGUUGUUGCUUGCUUUAAAGUGAAACUUUCAAUGCUCAAAAUGGUAGACAGCAAGAAAUUAGUUGUAGUUUAACUAAACGUAGUUUAGCCAUUCAACACACACACACACACACACACAUUCGAUUUUCGCAUGUAAAUACUUAGCAUACGCCACACAUCUCUAUUAAACGAUUCCUAUCUUUCAUACUGCUAGCGAGUAAGUUAGUUAGUCAGGCGCACCAUCGACUCCUAUUUAAAUGACUAGUUAAGCUAAGUGUUAUGUUAAUACCACCUAAGUGAAACGAACGAUGUGGCUGUACGAAAAAAAAAACAAAAGAACACACAGAUGCCGCCUUGCCUCAAAAAAAAAAAGAAAAGAACGUGUUACAAUCCCCUCAAAUGGGCUCUCUCAAAAACGGUGUGCCAAAAAGGAUAUACUAUACAAUAACUGGUUUAAAUUAAGGAGUCCUGUUAAAACUAAAAAUUAAAUUGACUUGCUAGAUAUCGGCUAAGGAAAAUAAAUAUAUGGUCUGAACAACUUGAGAAAAAGAUUUAAAAGAAUUGAAACAUAAAACUCCCAUGUAAAUAAAUAUCUGGAAUUAUAAAAAUAUAACCAGGACAAUUUGUAUAUUAUUAGUAAAGUUUUUAAGUGCUUGC